CUCACUGCCCGCCAUGUGCACGGGGAAGUGUUCCCGCUGUGUGGGGCUCUCUCUAGUAUCUCUUUCCCUAGUCUGUAUUGUGGCCAAUGCUCUCCUAUUGGUGCCUGAUGGGAAGACCUGGAGCACUAACCAACUCAGCUUGCAAGUCUUGCUCAUGGCCGGCUUCAUCGGCGGGGGAUUGAUGGUGCUGUGUCCAGGAAUCGCUGCGGUUCGGGCAGGGGGCAAGGGCUGUUGUGGAACAGGCUGCUGUGGGAAUCGCUGCAGGAUGCUGCGUUCUAUCUUCUCCUCGGCCAUUGGAGUGCUUGGCGCCAUCUACUGCCUUGGCGUGUCAGGAGCUGGCCUCCAAACUGGACCCAAAUGCUUAGUGGAUGACAAGUGGGACUACCAUUUCCGAGAAACCGAAGGCGCUUACUUGUUCAACCGUACUCAAUGGUAUUUGUGCGAGGAGCCACCCAACGUGGUUCUCUGGAAUUUGACGCUUUUCUCGUUGCUGGUGGUUGCCUCGUGUCUGGAGAUCGUGCUGUGUGGCAUACAGCUGGUGAACGCUACUGUUGGUGUCAUUUGUGGCGAUUGCAGGAAAAAGAGCUCAGCUCACUGAGACUCCACUGGCCGCCCGGUUAUACUUACAUGCUCCUGGACCCCUGCCUGGCCUCCACAGUCCCUGGCUUGCCUAGAAUAAAUGGUUUUGAGUCCACCCCCAACCCUCCCUGCUCAGAUGAUGCCCUAAGCCAGCAGGAGUGUGUGAGAGUCUCCUGAGGUUGGUGUUCUCCUGACCCUGUUUGCAGCCCCACCGCCCCACCCACACACAAACCUGUUAUUUUUUUUUUUUUUCACAGUUACUGAGCUAUUAAGUUGUGCAGGAAAUACAGUGGUAAAGAAGACGGAUGAUUUCUAUGCUCUCAAAAAACUUGACAUUCCAGGGGUGGAAAAUGAAAUUUUUUAAAGAAAAGGAUUAUUUCCAUUGCAUGGUUACUAUGUUUUAUUUGUUAAUUUUAUUAUUGAUUUAUUUUCACUACUGGAGAUUAUUGAACCCAGGGCCUCACACAUGCCCUCACACAUGAACUUUCUGAUCAUUUGUGAUUCAAGUGCUUUACCACACUAUUGAGCUACAUACACUCCCAUCCCUUUUUGUUUAAUUUUGAGACAAGUUCUCACUAAAUUGCCAGGCUGGCUCAAACUGGCAAUUCUCCUACCUCAGCCUCCAAGUUGCUGAGACACAAGUGUGCAUCACCACACCUACUUUACUAGCACCUUUUCAUUUCAGCCAUUCUUUCUGGCUCUUACUUGCAGAAUCCCAGUGAUGAAAUUUCCUGAAAAUUUCUUCCAAAUCCCACAGUAAAUAUUUCUUCAGA